AUGCAGGAGAGCGCCCAAAUGGUCGCUUGGAUUAGAAGUGAUGACGACCUAGCCCAGAGCACCAACACCACGCGUUUUCAUAUAUCCCAAGGUCGACAUCAGAUCUUCGUGACCGUUGCUGAGUAUGGUGAGAAAUAUCUCAAAUACCUGAACGAUAAAAACCCUUCACCUUCGGAUGACCUUUCGACAUUCUUAACUAUGAACCAGUACGGUCCAUGGGAUACCUCGAAGAAAUCAUCUGUAAAAGAGAUAGGGACGAUUAUAUUAGCAAUCACCUUGCGAACUGAAAAAGAAAUCAAGGAAGAGAUUAAAAAAGAGAUCAAGAGGAAGGAGAACGAAGAAGUAUAA